AUGGCUCUCAUCCUCAAGCUUAAUUACAUAAUUCUUUCUCACUUCUUCAGGCUCAUUCUUUGUGUCUCUUUCUUAUUCUUCUUAAUCUUUCACGUUGGAUGGUUCGGUUUCAAUACCAGUAAUGUCAUUAGUUCCAAUGCUAGUACAUUUUUCCCUACAACAACAACUACUACUACUCUUGAUCAUCAUCACCAGUACUACUACUCUUCAUCACUGAGCAGCACUAGUAGUAGUAACAGGAAAUUGCUAUUGUCAUGUACCAAGUUUGACUUUUCCCCAUUUAUUCAUCGGUAUCGUCGUCACCACGCCCGGCAUCACCAUCGGCAUCUGCCAGCGGAGCCAGACCCCGGCGGUGGCGGCACUCAGAUCGACCCGCGCUAUGGUGUUGAGAAGCGAUUAGUUCCCACUGGACCAAACCCUUUACACCAUUGA